CCUCCUGUUUAUACAUUCCCUUCAAGUAUUGGAAAGGCUCAUUGAGAUCUACCCACAGUCUUUUCUUGUCCAAGCCUCAUCACCUCCAAGUUACAGCAGACAGCAGCAGCAAUAAGCCAGGAGCAGGCUGAGGAGUUGGAUGGAGGGGAAACCAAUGAAGGCAAGCGCUGGGCAGGAAUGACCACCAAAACUCCAGCAAUCAGGGAUAGAGGUGGCAGUGUGGAAGGCACAGGGAAGGGGACAGUGACAUGGGGACAAGGCUCAGCAUGCAGCCCUCAUUAGCUGAGGUUGCUUUCUGCCCCCAGAUCUCCGACGCUCUCAUCAGGAGGGUGCAUUUAACCGAGGACCAGUGGGGCAAAGGGACGCUCACACCCCGCAUGACCACGGACUUCGACCUGAACCUUGACAACGGCCCCCUGCUGCAGUCCAUCCAUCAGCUCGACUUCGUGCAGAUGAAAGUGCCGGCCCCCCCAAUCCUGCAGCUGGAGGAGUGCUGCACCCACAACAACAGUGCCACGCUGUCCUGGAAGCAGCCCCCCUUGUCGACGGUGCAGGUGGAAGGCUACAUCCUGGAGCUCGAUGAUGGCAAUGGAGGGCAGUUCAGGGUAAGUGCUGGGGGCACAGAGCCGGCCCUAUGGCACAGCACGGCCAUAAAGCAUCCAGCCAGCUGCCCAAGUCCUUGCAAGCGCUCUCCUGCGCUGUAACAGUGAGACUUGCCCAAGGAAACUGAUGGUGCAGACAAGCCAUGGGCUUUUUGGUGGCUGAGGUUACUUGAAGGGGUAGAAAUACCUUUCCAGAGACCAAUAUGACUUGCAAAUGUGAAAGACUACUUUGAAGCUCCGUCUUUUUUAGCUUGCUAAAUAUUUCCUGCAAGGUAUGCUAAUUGCCAUGAAAGUCUCCUAGCUUGCCAGCUGCCAGCAAACAGAGGUGUUCAAGGCCGGAGGGCUUUUAAAUUGCUGUAAUUACACAAUUAAAAUAUGAUAUUGCUCUGAUCCAACACGCUGAGAAUUACCCAGCUGUGCUCCCAUCCACUGCGAGUGGGCGCAGCGACUGCCCAUUGUGUUUCCUGAGUACAUCCCUGAGAAACUCAGCUGGGCAGGAGGCAGAGCAGUGAGGGCAGGAACCAUCA